GGUUAAAUUUUCGUCCGAUAAAAAAAUAUAAUUCGGAAAAAGGUCGUUUUAGUGAUUUUUUUUAUAGUAGCGCAAAAUAUUCCAUUCGGAUGCAAUUGUUCACCUCAAAUUUUAUUACCGGAAUACAAAUGAGAUGCUUAAUACGAAGAGCGCAGUUCAACAAUAAAAAAAAAAUAACAAAAGUAACAUCGAAUAAAUACAUAAAACACUCCAAAUAUUUUAUAAAAGGUUUUCGUAAUCUUUAACCUUUUUUAAUUAACUGAAAAUGUCACCACAAUAUUUUAUUCUUAUUCGUGUUGCUUUUGUACAUUUAUUCUAAAUCAAAUGCGUUUGGAUUACGUUAUAUUUGUUUGUUACAAGAAAUGUGAACACAAAGAGCAUUUGGAGACACUCACAGCACAACGCAUGAUAUUCAUUAUUUACACAUUGGCCGAAAAAGUAGUGAAACAAAAUGUUCUGCAUUGAAUUACCAUUUUUGAAUUUGAAUCCUUCGGAAUGCUCGAUAUUUUUUACUUGACGUGCCUUCAUUCUAAAUUUAAAACAAAAAAAAAACUUACAAUGGAUACAACCGAUAAUGAGACGGGUGAAGUUAAAUGGACACGACCAUUUCAAGCAAUGGAUACUUAUGACAUUGAUUUGGAAACGGGCGAAUGUGAUUCUAAUCAUUCAACGCGUCCGAUACGAAAAACGACAUUUGUCAUACCAAAAGAAUUGAUUCAACCACCAAAACAUAAAGGAACCAAAUUGCAUUGCAUGGAUGCACACGAAAACUACACGCUAUUUAAAAAAGAACAAGUCAUUGGAUUGCAAGAGGAUAUAAUUUUGGGAUGCAACAAAACAAGUUUUCGUCUGUUUUUACUGCCAAGUUUUUUUUUAUUUUUUCGACUUUGCGCACCAGUUAUCGAAAUUAUUGAGAUUUUUUUGCAUGUUUGGGCGCAUAAAAAGAAUGCCAAAAAUACAGAUGAAAAUUUCUAUUAUCGAAGCCCAUUGCACAUUGUUACAUCACAAUUUUGUGCCGUUUGCCGGAUGAGAAAGCAAAUCAAACCCAUCAGAAUGACUAAAUUAAGGAAAAAAAAGCAAACACUAUAAAGAUGCAGACGAGCAUAAGUGCUAGCAAAAUGUGAUCGAUUUUAAGCAAGUAUUCGAUUCAGCUACAAAUGAACAUUACUCUAAGGGGGUAGGACACAUUUGAAAUGUGUUUUUUUUAAGAAUAAAAAUGUACCACUUGGUUUCGUCCAAUGUGUUUGAAAGUA